AUGGAAGAUUCUCAGAUUCUCCGAUACUCCCCCAUCGUCAAAGCUUCCUACUGGUACCCCGAUGGUGAAUCUCCAUUCGUCAGCGACUCCAAUCUAUGCCCAUCAUCCUCGGCCGCGGAAAUUGACUCAACUCUCUUCACCCACCUUUUCUGCGCCUACGCCGAUCUCGACUCUCAUACCCACAAAGUCGUUGUCUCCUCCGCCCACGACCACAUGUUCUCCACCUUUACUUACACCGUCAAGGAGAAGAACAGUCAAGUGCAGACCCUCUUAUCAAUCGGCGGUAGAAAUGCAGACAAAUCCGCGUUUGCCGCCAUGGCAAGUAACGAGACCUCUCGUAAAGCGUUCAUCGAUUCUUCGAUCGAACUCGCCAGGAAAGACGGAUUCCAUGGCCUUGAUUUAGCGUGGGAGUAUCCGAGCAACGAUGUUGAGAUGACCAACUUCGGGAAGCUUGUGCAAGAAUGGCGCGAGGCGGUUAAGAACGAGUCGGACCUAACCGACAGGCUGCCUUUGCUGUUGAGUGCUGCGGUUUACUACACAUCCGAUUACAAUUCGGUUUCCUACCCGGUUCAAGAUAUUGUCGACAGCUUAGAUUGGGUUAAUCUUAUAGCCUAUGAUUUUUACGGACCAGGUUGGUCCGCGGUGACCGGUCCAACAGCUGCUCUCUAUGAUCAUUCAAAGCCAGAAGAUUCUCAGAUUCUCCGAUACUCCCCCAUCGUCAAAGCAUCCUACUGGUUCCCCGAUGGUGAAUCUCCAUUCAUCGGCGACUCCACUGUAUGCCCACCACUAACCUCGGCGGUGCUAAUUGACUCAACUCUCUUCACUCACCUUUUCUGCGCCUUCGCGGAUCUCGACCCUCAUACCCACAAAGUCAUUGUCUCCUCUGAGCACGACUACAUAUUCUCCACCUUCACUUACACCGUCAAGCAGAAAAACAGUCAAGUCCAAACCCUCUUGUCGAUCGGCGGUAAAAACGCAGACAAAUCCGCGUUUGCCGCCAUGGCAAGUUACCAGACCUCUAGGAAAGCGUUCAUUGAUUCUUCAAUCGAAAUCGCUAGGAAAGGUGGAUUCCACGGCCUUGAUUUAGCUUGGGAGUAUCCGAGCAACGAUGUUGAGAUGACCAACUUCGGGAAGCUAGUGCAAGAAUGGCGUGUGGCGGUUAAGAACGAGUCCGACCUAACCGACAGGCUGCCUUUGCUGUUGACGGCUGCGGUUUACUACUCCUCGGAUUACAAUUCGGCUGCCUACCCGGUUAAAGAAAUUGUCGACAACUUGGACUGGGUUAAUCUUAUAGCCUAUGAUUUUUACGGACCAGGUUGGUCCCCGGUGACCGGUCCAACCGCCGCUCUCUUUGAUCAUUCAAAGCCACCAGGUCCAAGCGCUGACGGGGGUUUGAAAAAGUGGACUGAGGCCGGACUUCCAGGGAAGAAAGCAGUCUUGGGAUUCCCAUACGUUGGUUGGGCCUGGAGUCUUCAAGAUGCCGACGACAAUGGUUAUGAUGCACCCACCACCGGAGCAGCAUUAACAUCCGACGGUUCUAUCAACUAUGCUCAGGUGAGGAACUAUAUAGUGGAACAAGGAGCAGCCGUGAUGCAUAAUCCGAUGGUGACCGGAGAUUAUUGCUACGCUGGACCAAUAUGGAUCGGUUACGAUGACAAUCAGACUGUCGUGCACAAAGUCAAAUACGCUAAGCACAAAGGUCUGCUUGGUUACUAUUCUUGGCACGUUGGAGCUGAUUACGAUUGCGGUCUCUCUCGUGCAGCAUCAAGAGCAUGGGAUGCUACAGAGACAACCACCGGAAAAUAA